CUACCCUGGUUCGGUAGCCCGAUUAACAGGCAUGAUGGACUCGGCCAAUGGAUUUCCUGCCCCGUUGCCUUCAGAGAAUCUUCAUGACCAUUUUUCGCGGCUAUCAACAAAUUCGGCUGUGCCUGUCAACCUUGAAGUUAGAGCAUACUUUGAUCAGCCCGAACUGGAAGACCCCGAGCCAUGGCUUCUUAAACCCGAAGUUCCAUCCACGGAAGAAAUAUUGGGUACGAACGAUUCAGGCAGUGAUUGCAUCGAAUUGACACCUAACCGCAUCGUCGGUCCCUGGAGGUCCAAAGAUGCGUAUCUGAAGGCUCAUUAUGAGCUACUCAGGGAGGACGCUAUUGCUCCUCUGAGGGAUGCGGUUGCCUAUGUGAGAGAGGACCCGAGUAUGGAAGAUUCUAAGAUGGUAGCAAUUUAUGAAAAGGUCUACAUCACCGGCGCCACUUUUGCCCAGAGAGGUCUGGCCUUUCGAAUUCGGUUUUCAACUAUCAGGGCGGGUAAAAACAUUGCUUGGGAGUAUUCGUCACGGCUGAGGAGUGGUUCAGUUGUCGCACUGUCGCCAGCGAGCGACUCCUUCAAAAGUCAAUGUGUCGUGGCAAUCGUUGCAGCAAGACCCUUAGAAGGUGUCAAGCAACAGCCCCCGGAGAUUGAUUUGUUCUUUGCCCGGCCGGAAGAUGCGGAUUUUGAUUCUCAAAAAGAAUGGAUCAUGAUCCAAGCGAAAAACGGGUAUUAUGAAUCCACAAGGCAUACGAUGAAAGCUCUUCAAAAAAUGAGUCAGGAAAAGUUUCCCCUAGCCGAGCAUAUUUGCUUCCUAGAGAAGAAAGUCAACGCCCCCCAUUAUGUGGAAGAGAGUCCGAUUGUUGACAUACAACCGGCUGUUGACAACUCUGGCGAGAAAGGUCGGAUUGAUAUUCUCAGGAGCUGGCCGAAAAAGCCAAUCGGUGAUCUCGACGCCACCCAGUGGAAAGCCCUGCAUCAAAUGCUCACACAACGCCUCUCCAUCAUCCAGGGUCCUCCUGGUACAGGAAAGACAUACGUAUCAGUUGUGGCGUUGAAGAUAAUGCUUGCAAAUAUGAAACGGGACGAUCCUCCGAUUAUAGUAUCGUCCCAAACAAAUCAUGCGCUAGAUCAGCUUCUGAAGUACAUAUCAAGCUUCGAGAAGCGAUACAUCCGAGUGGGGGCUCGAAGCACCGAACUUGAGAUCAAAAAGAGGACUUUGUUUUCCAUGCGACUAAACCAGCCGAAUAUGCAUGUUCAGGGGGGCUUGAUGGGACCGGCAAGAAAAACGCUGAGGAACAUGAUUUUACCAAUGAUAGAAUUGUUGCAGCCAUUUAACCUUGAGAAUGCAGACAGGCCACUUCCGUCUUCCUUCUUCGUUAAAAUCGGAUUGUUAAGCCAAGAGCAGUCCGACGCACUUGUCCAAGGAGCCAAAGGCUGGAUCCGUUCGGAUCGAAAGGACGAUGUUGAUCCGCUGGUUGUGUGGCUUGGAGAGAAAGCGGUGAAAUUCGACGUGGAUUAUAAGACGGAAAACUUCGGCUUCGCCGAAGACGAAGUCGACCUUGAAUACGAGCAACUUAAAGAACUUGAGGCCGAGCAAGGAAUAGAUGAUGACGACUUCGAAAUCCUCCAGGGCCAGUUCAUAUCCUUCAAAGAGGGCUUCUGCGGCCAGGAUAGCUCGCUAUCUGACUCAGUUUGUCAAGGGUACCUCAGAUCUCAUGACUUCUGGAAAAUACCAGUUAGAGCGCGGGGUGCUGUCUACAAUGCUCUACGAAAGGCAGCCAAGGCCAAGGUUCUCGAGAAGUUUCGCAAACUGAUUGCCGUUUACACAGAGACCACAAAAGAUCUUCAGAUUGGCAAUUUCGAAAGAGAUUAUCACAUUCUCCGAGAUGCCAGGGUCAUUGGGGUAACAGCUACAGGCCUAAGCAAGUAUCGGGGGCUAAUUUCGACCGUUAAACCGAGAAUCAUCUUGAUCGAAGAAGCAGCCGAGGCGAUCGAGGCACCCAUAGCGGCUGCUUGCUUUGAAUCCGUCCAACAGCUGGUUCUGGUCGGCGACCACCAACAGCUCAAAGGCCAUUGUUCACUCCAGGAGCUUGAAGGUGAGCCGUUCUUUUUGGACAUAUCAAUGUUUGAGCGUCUACUCCACAACGGCCUGGGAUAUAUUACGCUUAGAAGACAAAGACGUAUGGCCCCGGAAAUACGUGCGUUGUUGGAGCCAAUCUAUGGUGUGUUGCAAGACCACGAGUGCGUACAGAAUCGUCCUGGCAUUCCUGGCAUGGGCAAUAUGCGGUCAUAUUUCUUCUCCCACAAGUGGCCAGAAAGCAACGAUAGCUUGGCAUCGAAAUUCAAUGAGAUGGAGGCGAAUAUGGUCGUGGGCCUCUUCGUUCACCUUGUGCUCAACCGGACGCGGGUCGAGGACAUUACCGUUCUGACAUUUUAUAACGGCCAGAGAAAGAGACUGCUCAAAUUGUUGAAAGGCAACGAAUAUCUUCAGGGUCAAUACGUGAAUGUAGUGACGGUUGACUCGUACCAAGGCGAAGAGAACGAAGUUGUUCUCCUGUCCCUCGUGCGCAGUGGCAAGCCCAACGUUGGGUUCUUGUCUGUCGAAAACAGGGUCUGCGUGGCUCUGUCGCGUGCAAAAAGGGGAUUCUAUAUCUUUGGGAACGCCAUGUCGCUUGCUUGUGCGGAUCCGUUAUGGUGGAAUGUCAUCAACAUCAUGGGCACCGAUCAACCGCGGCGUCUAGGGUUCUACCUACCCGUAACAUGUGUCAAGCACGGGAGGAAGGUGUUUAUCCAGGGUUUGUACUCGUUCAUAUCCGAAAAUUGGUGUUUCAAUGGAACUCGCUAACGAAUCGGGGUAAAGACCCGUCAGAAUGGGAUAGGACGAACGGCGGAUGCAAUCAUGAGUGUGGCGGCUUGCUAGACUGUGGGCAUAAGUGUCCUCUGCGAUGUCACAGGUAAGUUUGAACAUAUCCAAGUCCCCUGACAGCGCGUCAACCCGGUUGUUAAUCCAGUUCCUUCGCUAGCUUUGCGCACGAUCAAGUUGGGUGCGACCGGGACUGCGAGAAGAGAUUGCCGUGUGGCCACCCGUGUGCUAAAUCUUGCGCAUCAACCCAUGUCUGUUCCUGCAAUUGUUCCCAAAGAUCGGUCAGGCCCGCAGCGGAGUCGGCACGCCCAGUCCCUCCGAUUGUUAACCAUCCAAACAGAGGUGUCGAUGCAAAUAGCUCUCGUAGAGAAGCCUUGAGACGGUACCAGGAAUUUGCCAACGGAGGUGCGCAGGAGCUCGACGAACAACUACUGAAAAUAGCCGAAUCAAUGUUGAAGGCCAGAGCACCAGCACCAGCACCAGCACCUUCGAGGCCACCAGUCAACCUGCUGGACGAUAGUGACUGACGGGUGUAAAUUUCGGAGACAGAAAGUCGAUAGUUGGAGUCAUUCGAGUCGACAGGGGGGUUAUGGCGACAGACAAGACAACGAAGAGAAGAACAUUUUUUCCGGGGGAGGGCCAAUUGAAAGCCUGAAGAAGAGGAAUUGAGUCAAUUGACAGUAUUACUUAAGAGUUCUAGGAAAAUCAGUCAAAAUAG